AUGCGCCGACAUUCUGGCGCUACUGAACGGGCGAGGUGCGAGACUGAAUAUGAGAAUGCAAAAGAGCUUGAGACAUUUGCGGCCCAGAAGUCAAGGGGAUUGGAUUUGUAUGACGAAGUUUUGGAGAAGUUAGAGGAGGCCAAAGCACUCGUGGAUAGCGGUGAUAUGACAAAGGAGGGAUUCAUGGCCAACUUUGCGCUGGUAUGA